AUGGAGGCCAUCGACUUACUCGGUGACGCACCACCAGCAAGCGUACCCAGCCAGGUUAAGCGGAAGCGCAAGGGCGACGCGACCAGCACACCUUCGUCUCAGCCGAAGCUGCAGCGCACGAAGGAGCCUGCGACUCUCGCCGCAGCCAUUCCCGAGACCUCGGUAACCUCUUCUCAGCUCAUUCCCUCGCCGGCCAUGGACAACGCCUCUUCACAGCUCGUUUCCGCGCCGGCCAUGGACGACGCCGACCGGAGUAAGGGCCAGUCGGACGAGGACAAGCACAAGGAGAGCAAGGAGGAGCGCCGGAAACGGAAGGAGGAGAAGCGGCGAAGGAAAGAGGACAAGGCCAAGCGGAGGGAGGAGGAGGGCGGAGAGCGCAAGCGCAAGCACAAGAGUGACGACAACAAGAAGAGUAAGAAGCACAAGAGCUCGGAAGUGCCUGCGGAGACCUUGAUGGCCGACAUCUCCAAGGUGGUCGAGGACUUUGUGGCCGCGUCGCCGGUGAAGGAGAAGACGAAGAAGGACAAGGGUGCUGAGGAGGCCGAGGAGGCCGAGGAGGCCGCCAUGACGGUGGAAGGGAAGGAGAAGGCGCCCGCCGACGCCGCCGACGCUGCCUCCCCCUCACCAAGCUCCAAAUCUUCUUCAUCCAGCGAUCCCAUGGACGCCUCGUCAUCCGAACCAGAGGACGACCCUAUGGAUGCGUCGUCUCCGGCCGCCUCUCCCACUCGCCCGCCCAAAGUCCUCCCAGUCCUUACGGUGACUCGUUCGCCAACGCCACCUAUCAAGUCAAUACACAAGGUGGGCGAAACCUCCAAAGCUGCUGUGGCCAAGGCGACCAAGGCUGCGGACGGCGCCAAGCCCAAGGUCCAGCGCAAGAAGAAGGAGGCCGAGUCAGUCGAUGAGGCCGAGGACGAGGCGCUACGCGAAAAGCUCAAGGAUCCCGAGGCCGCACAGGAGUUCCUUUCGUCGCGCUGGGUCGACAUCCCCGUCCUCCUCCGUCUGGAGAAGAAGGGCAUCAUCACGUGGAAGCGCGGCAAGUACACCGAGUCGGAGAAGGCGGCUGUGCGUGGAACGCUUGAGACGUUUAAGCGGACGCACUCGGUGUCCGACCAGGAGGUCGUUGACAUCAUCUUUGCAAAGGGACGCAGCUCGGCGCGCAGCAAGUAUCCUGGCUUCUGGGCAGACGUCGCGGGUGCAGUGCCAGGGCGGCCGCUGCGGUACGUCAAGGAGGCAGUGCAGAGGAUGUACCACCCGAACGCGCACAAGGGGCCGUGGACGAAGGAGGAGGACCUGGAGCUCCAGCGCGCGUACAUUGACACGCCAGGCCAGUGGGUCAGAAUCGGAGACGCGGUCGGACGGCCCUACACCGACUGCCGCGAUAGGUACAGGAAGCAGCUCGAGGUGUCCAAGGAGCGCAUCAGCGGGCGCUGGACGAAGGAGGAGGAGGAGCAGCUCAAGGCGGCGGUCACCAAGGUGGCUGGAGAUUUGGGCCGUGACAUGUUCGACGGCGACCUUCCGUGGCCCGUCGUUGCGCACCUCAUGGACGGCAACCGCUCGUUCCACCAGUGUCGUGUGAAGUGGCAGGAGAGCAUGGUGCCCAUGCUUACAGGGGAGGGCUACAACGCGCCAUCCAAGGACGUGCUCGCGGCUAUGCGCGAGUUCGGAUACGAGCACGAGAAAGACAUUGUGUGGCGCGACGUCUCGAACCACGCGAAAAGUCACUCCAAGGGCGCACAGGCAACUUGGCGGCGGAUGCUGGCAUUCGUCGGCGCGGUUGAGGGCAAGUCGUUGAAGGAAACCCUCGACCUGAUGGAGGCAAAGCUCGACGACAUUGUCGCUCAGGAGAGUGGGCCAGCACCUAUACGGGUCAAGAAGGCUCCGAAGGCCAAGAGGAACGGCGAGCCCGGCAAGGGCUUCCCUCCAGCUUCGAGUGAGCCUGGUGCGAACGACGAUACUGAACAGGCAGCCGAGUCGGUUCCCACGCCUGUGAAGAAGGCCCAAGAGUCGGCCAAGCGCAAGGAGAAGCGCCGCGAGCGGUUAGCGGCCGCGCGAGGGGAGAGUGACUGGCUCGGAUCUGCGACUGUGGGCUCGCAGGCCGAGGCGUGGAUGGACAGUGUGGUGGCGGGCGGCCGUGACCGCAGCGUGAGCGCGCGCAGCAGUGUGAGUGCGAGUGCAAGUGCAAGUGCGAGUGCCGAGGUGCGCAGCCGCAAGGUGAGCUUUGAGGGCGACGAGUAG